UCCACAUAUUGGAAAACUUCAUCCGGGAAGACCCUCCCCGGAACAUGACCGAGAACCUGGUGCUCAACCUCUCCUAUUUCUACGACCUGGUCGGCGAUAAAGCGAGCCGCGACGAAAAAAUGAAAGUGCUUGAGGCUGUGGCCCGCCGCUUUCGAUUGGACGACAUCGAGGCACGAUUUUUCAGCUAGGUGUCUGGGUGGAGAGGGGGCUCCUGAAGAGAAAUUCUUCGAAAGAAUUGC